GUCAACCCCGCUGAGAACGACCCCGAGAACGAUGAAGAUAUCAACACCCAGUUCGAGCACGAGGUGUACGGUCCCGCCCCCGGUGAGAAGCUUGUCGAUCCUUUCGAAGUAACAAUGGGGCCGGAAGACCCAGACAACCCCAAAACCUGGUCCCGUUUGUACCGCUGGUAUAUCACAAUGGCAUCAGCCCUCUUGCUGUUGAAUGCUACCUUCGCAUCAUCUGCGCCCGAGGGCAUAGUCACUCAGCUCAUUGAAGAGUUCGGGUUUGGCACCGAAGUCGCAACGUUGACCAUCGCAAUCUUCAUCGCUGGAUACUGUGUCGGUCCGUUGAUGUGGGGUCCGCUUUCCGAAGAGUACGGACGCAAACCCAUCUUCAUCUUCUCUUUCAUCUUCUACACCGGCUUCCAGGUCGGUUGCGCCUUGUCGCAGAACACGGCGUCCAUCAUCAUCUUCCGUCUGUUGAGUGGCAUUUUUGCUGCUGCGCCUUUGGCAAAUAGCGGAGCUGUCAUCGCCGAUAUUUGGGACGCGGAUACCCGCGGGAAGGCCAUGGCGAUGUUCAGUCUUGCGCCAUUCGCGGGUCCUUCCAUCGGUCCCACUGUCAGCGGCUUCAUGUCCGUCGCUGGCGUUUCCUGGCGAUGGGUCUUCUGGCUCCUGACAAUGUUCGCUGGUGCCUGCAUCGCCAUCAUCGUAUUUACCAUACCGGAAACGUAUACGCCCAUACUCCUGGUCAGGCGCGCCGAGAAGCUGCGUAAGGAGUCGGGUGAAAGUCGGUACUGGGCGCCCAUGGAAAGGAGGAAGCUCGCCAUUGGCCAGCAUAUCAAAACCGUUGUAGGCCGGCCUUUCGUCAUCUUAGCUCGCGAGCCCAUGCUCAUCGCGAUCACUGUGUACAUGAGCUUCGUGUACGGCGUGAUUUACCUGCUCUUCGAAGCCUACCCCAUUGUCUUCGGCAGAGGUCACGGCUUCAACUCGGGCUUUGUUGGCCUGACCUUCCUCCCUAUCCCCAUUGGAGGAGCCAUCGGUGUCCUCGUGUACCUCUUGUACUUUAACCCUCGGUACGAAGCCGCCAUGGCAAAGUACGCACCUGCGCCCGUCCCUCCAGAGUAUCGCAUGGAGCCCGCCAUCUACGCCGCGCCGAUAUACGCGCUCUCCUUCUUCUGGUUCGGCUGGACGUCCUACCCCCACAUCUCCUACUGGGCGCCCCUCGCCGCCGGCAUCCCGAUGUCCAUCGGCAUCGUGUGGAUCUUCCUCGGGCUGCUCAACUACACGAUCGACGCGUACCUGUUCGUCGCCGCGAGCGCGCUCUCCGCGGCCACGGUCGUGCGGAGCAUCUUCGGCGCGGUGUUCCCGCUCUUCGCGACGCAGAUGUACGACGCUAUGAACCCGCGCUGGGCAUCGACCCUCCUCGGCUGCGUCGCGCUGCUGCUCAUGCCCAUCCCGCUCGUCCUGAGGCGCUAUGGGCCACACCUCCGGAGGAAGAGCAAGUACGCUCCCACGGGCAAGCCACGAGCGCCCAAAGAGAGCGAGAAGAAGGGUGCCGACGCUGCGUAGGAUCUAGGCUUUGGGUGCGUCUAUAGGACGCGACGGACCCAUCUCAUGGUAUAAGGGACUUGUGCCCCUUCAGGACAUUCAUUGACCCUCUGCAUCUCAUUGGCACAGUACGGAGCGACCGACAGUCAUCAUACUAUCAUACUCAUCGUAGCAUUGCACCCAUAGAUCUGUAGGUACACUAUACCUUGCUCUUAAUGACACAUCGACAUACCAUC